AUGUCUCAAGUUUUGGAAUUUAAUGAAUUAGAAGAGAAUAAUUUGAAGCUCGAUAAAGAAAAUUCUACAAAUCAUGUGGAAAAUAAUGAUUCAAAACUCAAUAAAGAGAAUUUUGCAAAUCAAGUAGCAACAAAUGAUUCAACGCUCAUUAAUGAAGAAUCUGGACAUGAAGACGUAUCUAAUAGAAAUGAGGUUUUAGAUAAUGAUCAAAUACAUACGGAACUGUCUAAAAUUCAAUUUGUUAAAGAUCGUGGUAAAUAUCAAGGACUUAUCGGUGCUGUUUUCAUUAUUGCAUCCAUCACAAGCCCAAUAAUUGGUGGAUUAUUUGCAGAUAAUGAUCAUUUGGCUUAA